GCCUCCCUCCCGGAGGCGGGGGCGCUGCGGGCGCGCGCACGCCGGCCCCCGACGCGGUCCAAUCCGCGCGCCUGCCGGCCCGGGCCUCGCCGCCGGGCGCCCACUUCCGCAUCCGGCGCCGGGCGCUUCCGCUCGUAGCGGCGUCUGCCGGGAGGGUGUGCUACAGACCUCCAGAUGUGGGCCCGUGGGAUUCAGCAGAGGAUGAGUCCUCUGUCGUGCUGUCAUCAGUAAGCCACUCUUCCCAACUGCUUUCCCGCCAUCCACUGUCCUCAUGUCUACCCUGCUUCUCAAUCUGGAUUUUGGGGAACCUCCCCCUAAAAAAGCCUUAGAGGGGAAUGCCAAGCAUCGAAAAUUCGUCAAGAAGCGGCGGCUCUUGGAACGGAGGGGCUUUCUGAAUAAGAAGAACCAGCCCCCGAGCAAGACACCAAAGCAACAUUCAGAACCUAUGAAGAAAGGGGAGACUCCUAAGGUGGAUGGCACUUGGAAGGUUUCUCCCCUUCCAAAAAAGAAGGCCGUUGCCUCCAGCAGUGGACCAGAGCAGUCCCUGGACAAGAAGACUGCAGUGCCGUGGCUGACACCUGCCCCUUCACAGAAGGCUGGCUCUGCUUUGGCUAAAGUAGAUUUGCUGGGGGAGUUCCAGAGUGCCCUUCCAAAGAUUAGGAGCCACCCAACUCGCCCCCACAAGAAGGGCCCCCAGAAGAAUCCUACUCAGAAGAAUGCCCCACAGAAUUCCAUCCAGUCUCAUUCAGACAAUAAGUGCUCCGGAACAACCCAGAAAACACCGAAGAAGAUGGUGGCCAUUGACUGUGAAAUGGUGGGCACGGGACCCAAGGGGCAUGUCAGUUCCCUGGCUCGAUGUAGCAUUGUCAACUACCAUGGAGAUGUGCUCUAUGACGAAUACAUCCUUCCGCCCUGCCACAUCGUGGACUACCGGACUAGGUGGAGUGGCAUCCGGAAGCAGCACAUGGUGAAUGCUACACCCUUCAAGGUUGCACGGGGCCAGAUCUUGAAGAUACUCACAGGGAAGAUAGUGGUGGGCCAUGCCAUCCACAACGACUUCAAAGCCCUUCAGUACUUCCACCCCAAGUCCCUCACCCGUGACACCUCCCACAUUCCCCCCCUCAACCGGAAGGCUGACUGCCCAGAGAAUGCCACUAUGUCUCUGAAGAGUCUCACCAAGAAGCUUCUAAACCGGGACAUCCAGGUUGGGAAAAGUGGACAUUCCUCCGUGGAAGAUGCUCAGGCCACCAUGGAGCUGUACAAGUUGGUUGAAGUCGAGUGGGAACAGCACCUGGCCCAGAAUCCCCCAAAGGACUAAUGGCAGUGGGGGCGCUGUAAUGUGGGCAUACAGAGGCGGCACCACACCCAGGAGAAACCGGGCCAUGGACCAGUGGACAGCUCUACCAGCUCCACCUCUUCGCAAGCUCAAGCUGUGAGGGAGAGAGAGGCUCCACCCCAGGCUUAAUAUUCAUUGAAAUUUCCCCUCAGGUGUUGUGUUGUGUGUCUGGCUAAGUGUUCCGCGGAAGGAGGAAGCCUCCAUGUCAGAAGCAGCCGUAUACUGUUUACCUCUUCAAUGGUGCUAACCAUGGGUCCCAGGGUGCUGGCUCCAGCAGGCCUUCUGACCUUCAAGGGGCAGGGCAUACUGGGAAGUGUAGUUUCCCAAACUGCCUUAUCGCCAGGGUGUCCCAUUUUAUGCCUUUUGUUCUCAAGUAAUUAGCAGCACCUUGUUUCACUCUGAGAAGGACCCUGGUUGGAUGAUCGUGCUGCGAAUCACAGACUCAGCUUUUGUCUCAGUCUCUACCUAGUUUGUGGGGGCAUACUGCUUGUCCUUGCCACUCUGACCUCCCGAGGAGCCAUUCCUGGUGAGAGGUUCAGUUCUCCUCUGGGUUACACAGUAGAGGUAAGAGAGCGUGACUUGGAAAUCAACUUUUCUGAUUUAGGAAAGUGGUGUCUUUCCUAAAGUCAUAGAGGAUUAAUUUAAUUUAGAUCUCACUUGGUAGGUUUAAAAGAACUUAAAGUGUUUUCAUGGGUUUUAGUAUUUUACUUUAUUAAGCCAAAUCUCUAAAGACUCAAAUUAUUGAGUAUUAUCAAACAUUGAUAAAUUUUUAUAAUGGAAAAACAA